GUCACUCAAGCUACAAAUACACCUGUUAAACAUUCCAAUUUAUGCUCUGAAAUUCUAGCGAUGAAUAAAAUCCACAUCUGAAAUUAUCCUUUCAUUUGCAUCAAAAAAAUCCAUACGUUUUUCAACAUAGCUAUGAUGCAGAAAUUUUCAGAUUGAAUUUCGUGAAAAAUAUUUUUUCGAAGAACAUGAAGUUUGGUGCUAUUGGAUUCUUUCUACUCCUUUUGUUAGCAUCAGUUAGUUGCUCUUACUGGCAUAAAGAGGGGAGAGAACUAGAAGAAAAUAUUGAGAAAUGUGCAAAGGAGGAUGAAAGCUGCUCGAAGCUCAUGUUAGGGGAAGGGCCAAAACAUUGCUGCCCUCCAAAAGGUUGUUCGUGUGAUUUAGAGGAAAAAGAAUGCGGCUGUUACUAUGACCGAAUUGACAUCACUUUUGGAAAAGAUUGGGAAAAGCUUAGAGACAUCAUAAAUGAAGAAUACGAAGAUCAAUACGUAGAAUACGAAGAUAAAGUGAAUCAUUUUGUUUAUUUAGUACAUAAGACUACUGACAAAGACUAGUUCUCUUAUCAUUGUAAACAGCGCACAGGGCAUAAUAAAAUAUUUCAUAAUUUUUGUGUUUUAGUAAAGAAAA